AUGGCUCUCUGCUCUACCGCAUCAGCUGCUUACGAUUCUCUCAAAUCGCCACUAGAGUGCAUUAACGCAAUCCCGAUGACAUUUUGUGACCAACUUGGGCAAAAGCUUCAUAAACUUGCCGAUAUUUAUGAAACAUUCUAUGAAGCUAAUAAAACCCUCCAAUCACUGAGGAAACAUGAACAUGCUGGGACUUUUCCAAUUGAGAUCGAAAUACUGCGUGAACCGCAUUUUAAGUUUUCAAAGCCGUUCUUGGAAUCUGAGAAAGAAAACCCGGAAUCAUAUUUCAACGAAAUCAAACAGCUCUUUGAAGUAACUAAAGUAAACGCCUUGGCCGCUGUAAUCAGAGCUAAAGAUGAAGAAGUCAUGUUUUUGGAACAAUGCCUCCGCCCGGAAGAGUAUUCUCCACCUCUAUUACUUGAAAUUGAGAAUGUUUACGAACAAGAAGUGCAGCGACAGAGUAGGUGGAAAAACUCAUGCAGCAAUCACAACGAUAUAUCUGACCGGAUGCGAGUAUAUUCACCCUCACUGAAUGAUGAUUAUGAACUGGCACGUAAAGAGGUGCCAAUAUUAGCGACGAGAGUCAUCGAGAUCCUUCGGUCUCGAGAUAUGGCAAGCCUUCAAGAGGCAUUGGCCAAAAGUGAUAUCCACAACCAAGACAAAGCUUCUACUAGCGAAGCAACAAGAUCACUCAGGCUGCUUAGUGAGUCUAUUGAUAAGAGUGUUAUGGAAAUGGUCAAAGCUGCAUUGGCAAAAGGUCCAGCUAAACAACCGCCGAAAAAUAAACGGACAAAUAGGCCGAAAAUUGGCAAGAAACAGAUAGUCAAUCCCGAGGCUGUAAACAGACGUAAAAAGAAAAAGUCCAAGAGACAGAGAUAAUUGGGGACAGUUCAUAUACAAGUUCUUUGGAGCUCGGCUUAGUCCCACCCAAGAUUGAAGGCAGGGCUACGUAGCGCAGCGUGUUCAGAUAAAGCAGAACAACUUAGGC